CGUUGGCCCGGUGAGGUAAGAGCCUUACCCGUGGGGACCGGCUGCUCCGCCCCUUAUGGCGUAGUUACGGAUGACUACGCGAGUCCUGCCUUGCUGCAGUAGGAGUGGGUAUCCCUGCUAUAGGGUACUGACAGUGAUGAUCUUCAUGUUAGGUGUUCAGCUCACAUAUUGAAUUUGAUUGUCCAAGAUGGAAUGGAAACCAUACGGAGUGUCGUCGAGCCCGUUAGAGAUGUCAUUAAACAUAUUUCAUCAUCUAGUUCCAGGUUGCAGAUUUUCAAUACCAUUCCACAACAGUUCAAUCUUCAACCUAAGAGGGGUUUCAAUUUAGACGUUUCAACAAGAUUGAAUUCUACGUGUGACAUGCUUGAGGAAGCUAUUCAGUAUAAGGAUGCAUUGACCCACUAUACAGAUCUACAAAACAUUCAAAGUCCCAACCUUGAACAAUGGAACCUGACAGAAAGAGUCUGCAAGUUUUUGAAAAAUUUCUCUGAUACAACCAAAGUCUUCUCGCAGCAUAAUUCUCUAAGUGCUCACAGGUAUGUUGAGGAGGUUUGGGGGAUAAGGGAAGUACUUAUUGAUGAAAAAAACAGAAGAGAUAAAUUUUUGAAAGUGUUGUGUGAUGACAUGAAGACCAAGUUUGACAAAUAUUGGGAUGAACCUAACAAGGUCCUUUUGGUUGCAUCCUUGCUGGACCCACGGUACAAGCUAACUUUUUUGAAGUACUGACCGAUGAAAGUGUAUGGAGAGGAAGGAGCUGAUAUAAAAGCAAAUUAUGCUCUUAUCUGGUUUAAAGAAUAUUAUUCUCAUUAUGAGAGCAUGCUGCAAAGGAGUUCCCAAAGUAACAUUUCUUCCUCACCCAAAGUUGGUGGUUCUGCAAGUAUGUUGUCUUCGCUUUCUGAAAAACGUAAGCUAGGACUGGAAUUUCCUCUGUUCAAGCAGAAAAGUAGACCUCAUCGCUCAAGAAGGUCAGAAGUUGAUACUUAUCUAGAAGAUUCAUUGGUUCCUUUAAGGGAGGGAGAAGAAUUUGAUGUGCUCAGGUGGUGGAAAAGAAAUCAGGACCAAUAUCCUAUACUAGCAAAGAUGGCUCGUGAUUUUUUGGCCAUUCCAUUAUCAACUGUGGCCUCUGAAUCAACAUUCAGCACUGCCGGCAUGGUAAUUGACAAAUACCGCAGUUCCCUAAGUUCAGAAACGGUGGAAGCACUAAUAUGUGCAAAAGAUUGGCUUGAAGGGUACCUCUCAGAUGAUGAAGAUGAUGAUGGGAUCUUGGUGGAUUAGAUGAUGAGUUACUGCUCUUUUUCAAGAUUCUGCAAGUUUUGGAUUCAGCCUGGGAGAACAUUCUUGGUUUUUUGGUUGGUGAUUCGAGACCAGGGUAGUUCAUGGAACUGAACAAGCAAUAUGGAAUGACAGUAGUCAUACUUUGUUCUGCUGUUGGAAAGGUUCUUUAAAUUGUUUAGUGGUGGCAUAUAGAAGAAUUGUUGAUAAGUUAUGUUGAAGACAGUUGAUUAGAAAGUGAUAUUCGUGUUCCAUUUCAUUUGUUUCUUGACUAUUCGCUCUCUGCAAGUUGGAUGCCAUCCUUUUCUAUAUGAUGCUGAAUGUGUUGAUCUGUAAGUGUGCCGGAUGAUUUUGACUAUAGCUAUAAAUGUGCCCACGGGAUAUUGUAUUAACUCUA